AAGCACUUUACCUCACAGCAGAGCAAAAGAAAGAAAGAAACUGCAACUUCCUCUGUUUUGCUCCCCUGUUUAGGCCUUUUCAUAAGCUUAGAAUGACACACAAGGAAUUUUCCAUUGCUCUAGUGACUCUCAUUGUUGUUCUCUUUGUCAACAUGAACAUCCAAGGUGCCACUGCUGACUAUGGUAGUUGGCAGAGUGCUCAUGCCACUUUUUAUGGCGGGGGUGAUGCUUCUGGCACAAUGGGUGGAGCAUGUGGGUAUGGAAAUUUGUAUAGCCAGGGCUAUGGAACUGACACUGUGGCUCUAAGCACUGCUUUGUUCAACAAUGGCUUAAGCUGUGGAUCUUGCUAUGAAAUGAGAUGUGAUGAUGACCCAAGAUGGUGCAAACCUGGCUCCAUUACUGUAACUGCCACUAACUUCUGCCCCCCAAACCCUUCUUUGCCUAACAACAAUGGGGGUUGGUGCAACCCUCCUUUGCAACACUUUGAUAUGGCUGAACCUGCCUUCUUGCAAAUUGCUGAAUAUAGAGCUGGAAUUGUGCCUGUUGCCUUUAGGAGGGUUCCUUGUGUGAAAAAGGGGGGAAUAAGGUUCACAAUCAAUGGCCACUCAUACUUCAACCUAGUUUUGAUCACCAAUGUGGGUGGAGCUGGUGAUGUGAAUUCAGUGUCCAUCAAAGGGUCCAAAACUGGGUGGCAACCCAUGUCAAGGAAUUGGGGGCAAAAUUGGCAGAGCAACUCAUACCUCAAUGGACAAUCCCUCUCUUUUCAAGUCACCACCAGUGAUGGCAGAACUGUGACAAGCUUCAAUGUGGCACCAGCCAAUUGGCAAUUUGGCCAGACCUUCCAAGGAGGCCAAUUCUAGAGACAUUAUUGCAAAUUUACAAUGGGGGGUAGAAAAUAGUGCAACAAAAAAAAAUGUUUGUAUACCUAUUAUUAAUCACCUCAUUGGAAGAACCAUUAAAAGUGUCAUUAAUAGGUAUUGAUUCUUGUAACUGUGAUUCUGAAAGGCCAGUGUUUUUUAUUUUAUUGGUCUAAAAAGUAGCUGAGGUGUUUAUAUAGCACCCGCUGGUCACUUCGCAUAUAAUAUACAUAUAUGGAGAGAGUUACGCGUUAUCUUGUGUGCGGUGGUGCUACUUUUCUUCAAUUCAAGUUAAUUAAUAAUUAUAUUCAUGAGAGAGAUCUUUUUGCUUGAAA